AAGGACAAGCCGGGCUGCGCUACAUCACCGCAGACUGUCACAAUCUAGUGUGGGUGAGAUGAUGUCAGGAGGUUUUUUACAUUACUUCAUCUGUCAUGCCCACUGCUGCUGAUUAUUGUCAGAUUAGCCAGCAUUUACAGAAAUGCAGCCCUGCUGUUUGGAUUAUGGUAUACAGGAUUACUUAAUCCGUGACGCAGCAGAAUAGUUGAGACAGUGCGCAAUCUGCGUCGCAGGCAGUCUCAAGAGGACAAGCAUGUUGCGUUUGCCCAUUGCCAGCCGUAGUCUCAUCCCAGCAGCUCUUGCCAAAGGAGGGGCGGCCGCAGCCCACAAUGCUCGCACUGCAGCUACUGCAACAGCAGCUGCCAGUAACCUCCUGGAGGUGUUUGUGGAUGGGAAGCCUGUAAUGGUGGAACCAGGGACCACUGUGUUGCAGGCAUGUGAGAAAGCAGGUAUGCAGAUUCCCCGCUUCUGCUACCACGAACGCUUGUCAGUUGCUGGAAACUGUCGUAUGUGUCUUGUGGAGAUAGAGAAAGUUCCUAAGCCGGUGGCAGCUUGCGCUAUGCCGGUCAUGAAAGGUUGGAAUAUUUUAACCAAUUCUGACAAGACAAGGAAGGCCCGAGAGGGUGUGAUGGAGUUCCUACUGGCUAACCACCCGUUGGAUUGUCCAAUUUGUGAUCAAGGAGGUGAAUGUGAUCUACAGGACCAGUCGAUGCAGUUUGGCAGCGACAGGAGCCGCUUCACAGAGGGCAAAAGAGCUGUGGAAGACAAAAACAUUGGCCCCCUCAUCAAAACCAUCAUGACUCGCUGUAUCCAGUGCACUCGCUGUGUGCGCUUUGCCAGUGAGAUUGCAGGUGUGGAGGACCUGGGCACCACUGGCAGAGGCAAUGACCUACAGAUUGGGACUUAUGUGGAGAAAAUGUUCAUGUCAGAGUUAUCUGGAAAUGUCAUUGAUAUAUGCCCAGUGGGAGCCCUAACUUCUAAACCAUAUGCUUUCACCGCCCGCCCAUGGGAGACCAGGAAGACUGAAACCAUUGAUGUUCUGGAUGCUGUGGGUAGUAACAUCGUGGUGAGCACUCGUGGUGGUGAAGUGAUGAGAAUUCUGCCUCGUCUUAAUGAAGAUAUUAACGAGGAGUGGAUCUCAGACAAAACCAGGUUUGCUUAUGAUGGACUUAAGAGACAGAGGCUUACUCAGCCCAUGGUGAAAAAUGAGUCUGGGCAGUUUGUUCCAACAUCCUGGGAAGAUGUGCUGACUCGAGCUGCUGGAGCAUUGCAAGGAGUUGAAGGAAAUGAUGUCGCUGCUGUUGUCGGAGGAAUGGUGGAUGCAGAGGCUCUCAUUUCCCUGAAGGACUUGCUGAACCGUUUGAAUAGCGAAAACCUGUGCACUGAGGAGGUAUUCCCUAUGAAUGGAGCUGGAUCUGACCUACGUUCAAACUACCUGCUUAAUACUGGGAUUGCUGGCAUUGAAGAGGCUGACCUGCUUCUUCUGGUCGGCACUAACCCACGUUAUGAGGCCCCUCUGUUCAAUGCACGGAUUAGAAAAAGCUGGCUUCACAAUGAGUUGCAAGUGGCUCUGGUGGGAAAGGAAGUGGACCUGAGCUACACAUAUGAUCAUCUUGGGGAGUCUGCCAAGAUCCUGCAAGAAAUUGCCUCAGGAACCCAUCCAUUCUCCCAGAUUUUGGCUAAAGCAAAGCAUCCCGUUGUUGUAGCUGGCAGCAGCUGCCUGCAGAGAGAGGAUGGAGCUGCAAUAAUGGCUGCUGUGUCAACUAUUGCUCAGAACGCACGUGUCAGCAGUGGGGUGGAUGAAACCUGGAAGGUUCUCAAUGUGCUUCACAGGGUUGCCAGUCAAGUGGCUGCACUUGAUCUUGGGUACAAGCCUGGAGUGGAAGCUGUCAGGAAGAACCCACCCAAAGUGUUGUUUCUACUGGGGGCUGAUUCUGGCUGCAUUACUCGCCAAGACCUUCCCAAGGAUAGCCUAAUAAUUUAUCAAGGUCACCAUGGUGAUAUGGGUGCACCAAUGGCAGAUAUCAUACUUCCUGGAGCCGCAUACACUGAGAAAUGUGGCACCUAUGUGAACACCGAGGGCCGUGCACAACAGACAAAGGUGGCUGUGACGCCUCCAGGCAUGGCCAGGGAGGACUGGAAGAUCAUCAGAGCCAUAUCUGAGCUGGCGGGAGUGACUCUGCCAUAUGACACUCUUGAUGAAGUGCGUGAUAGACUGGCCGAGGUUUCCCCAAAUCUGGUGCGAUAUGAUGACGUCGAGGAGGCCAAUUACUUUAAGCAGGCCAAUGAACUGUCUAAGGCAGUGGACCAGGGUGUCCUAACUGAACCUUUAGUCCCUCCACAGCUUACUGUGAAGGACUUUUAUAUGACAGAUCCGAUAAGCAGAGCCUCCCAGACGAUGGCGAAAUGUGUGAAAGCUGUCACAGAAGGAGCACAAGCUGUGGACGAGCCGGCCAUAUGCUAAAGCACAAUGGAUAGCAAUCCAGUUCUGAAAAAUGAUACGCACAACUCGUAUAUUUGCACAUUCCUAGAAACAUGUUUAUUUGCACCUGUGUUUUCCCUUAGAUGUUUACCCAUAGCAGAUGCCUCAUUAUCUAAAUGCACUAUGAAGCUAACAUACCUGCAGAUACAUGUGCAAGUGCUACUUAAAGAGUGAAGAUGUCAGCUUAGAUUAUUAUUGCAACUGACAUUGACAUUUUAGUAGAUGUGACCAAAGAAAAACUUGUCUUCCUGUGAAAUUACCAGCGUUAAAAGUGUUACGAAUCUAUUUUCAUGAAGGUAUACAGAGUUUAUAGUAUUUUAAGUGUAGCUAUUUGUAAAUGUGAUACAAAUUAAUAAACUAAUUUUCUCUA